AUGGAAGAGCUCCCAGAUGAGCUCUUGGAAAAGAUAUUGUUGAAGAUAAAUCCGUUUGAUCGACUCGAAACCGCCUUGCUUUGUCGCCGACUUUCCGAAUAUACGGCCUCACUCGUAGAUUUCCGCUUGGUGGUCCGAGGAGAAGAAUUGAGCGAGUGCAUCCCAAUUCUGAUCACAAGCAGACGGAGAUAUCGGCACAUCCGGAUCGUCAAUGCGGAUCUCUUCAAAGUACGUUCCGCUUUCUGGGAAAAGGUCGGCCGAGACCUACAGCUUCUGAAGAUCACGAACUGUAGUUUCACAGUCAGUCUGCUGUGCACUAUUCUCGAGCACUGCACUGAGUUGGAGACGCUCGAAAUUCGUUCACGAGAUUCCUUCAACCUGACGCUCCCAGAGGAUACUCUCAAGGCCCAAGGGCGCACCAGCUGGCCUUCGUUCAAUAUUCGGCAUCUCACUCUGUCCGAAUGUUGGUCGAGGGACAAGCACAAGACAUUGGUGGAAUUGAUGCCGAGCUUGAAGACGUUGUCUCUUCACCGCGUCGAUGACCCGGAUUUGCUAAGGACGAUCUCAACAUCGAUGCAAUCCCUCACGAGCAUCGAGCUGAAGUGCGACCUAUUCGUCGCUUCAGUCCAUGAAAUAGUGCGCACCUUCUGUAGAACUCUUCGGGAGCUGCGCUUACAUAUGUGCCUGGCGCUCAACACUGAGGCAUACGACGAGAUCAUGGCCUGCAGGAACUUGACGCACUUGUAUCUCGAUCUCGCUCUCAAUUUCAAAGAUUACCAUCUGCUGGGACUUAUAUCCCGAAAUCCCAAUUUGGAGUAUUUGGGCAUAGCCUUCACGAAGCUGACCAGUCAGUCUUUGACGCAACUGGAUCGACUCCCGAAACUGCGAACGCUUCAAGUGCAUCUCUUCUCGCGGCGAGAAUUCGCCCCCGAAUCGCUGGUGGCAUUCGGGAGACUCACGAACCUGCGGUCCUUAGCCCUGCGGCCUGUGGAGUACAACAUCGAAAUCCUUCGGGACUUCUCGGGCCUCACGGACCUCCGGGAGUUCAUCUUGACAUCCAGAAUCAAACCUAAUUCUGAGUGCUUCUCCUGGAUUAUAGAAAAUCUGAGGAAACUGGAGAGCCUCGAGCUCGACUGCCAGGCGCUGACGGAUGCGGAUGGUGUCAAAAUACGCCACCUGAAGAGCCUGAGAGUUCUGAGUGUCCAAGGUGCGUUGGGCUUCACGGACGAGACCUUCGAAGGCGGCCUCGGAUCGACGUUUCUGGAGUCGAUCGACAUUGGCGACUGCAGUUUGACAGAUACUGCACUCGCUAGCAUAGGGCUCCAUCAUGAUCGUCUGAAGAAGUUCAGCCUCGACCGCUGCAACAGCACAACGGAUUCAGGUCUAGAAGUCUUUCUCCGCACUCAGCCCUUUCUUCAAGAACUCCGGAUCUACUCGUGUGCUUCGAUAACGAAGAGCUCUCUCAAAGCUGUCGCGAGACUGUGUCCGCGGCUCAACAAGCUCAUGAUAAACGAUAGAUGGAUGGGCGGGAAUUCUAUCUCACGAUAUUCGCGGAAAAGACCCGGUGUCAAGGUCACCGGUUUGGUAACAGGACGAUGA